AUGCUCCUUGGUACAAUCUAUGAACAUAGUAAAGGUUUGAAUGAGCACAGAGACUCACCAUCUGUACUAGUGCGUCACCCAACUGGUGAUACAGAACCAAUGUGCUCAACAUGUGCCACGAUCGCCGGUGCUGUCUUAUCUGAAAAUCUGCUCCAUCUCCUUGUUCUUGAGACUCCUGUCUGGAUCUUCUCAUUGAUCUCCCUGAGUCUGAGCGCCACUGGCGAGUCCUGGUAG